AUGGAACAACAGUCAAUUCGCUAUACGUACGAUUCAGAAUCAGGGGAAGAAGAAGACACCGAGAUGUCAGGCGGUUCACCUACCCCCAUGUUACUCUUAUCCCUAGAAAAAAUGAAAAAAAUUGCUGACAGCAAUGCUCUCAAUAAAAAAUUGCUUUCUGGACGCGUUCUACUGGUUGGAAUUGAAGAAGGUGGAAGUUUGUUUCUUUCUUCGAUAAAGAACAAAAAAAUAAUUGGAACAUUACUUCUACCAGGAAGUGAUUCGAUUCCACCAGAUCCAAAUAAUUCAGAAAUUAUUAGCUUAAUAUACGAGUUAGAAGCAGCUCCUGACGUCCUUAUCGUGUUUUGUAAACAUCAAAUACCGACCGAAAGAUGUGCGGGGUGGACAAAGACAUUAUUUGAGCAUGUGGAUGUUCAAAGCGUAGUCGUGUUUGACACUUUUGCAGCAUCUUCAUAUAUAAACCUCGAUUCGGAAGACCAUCCGUAUCCACCAUUAGUUCGAAUAUUACAAACGAGCAAGGCGGCCUCAAUUCAAGAUAUACCAUUAUACGAGCCUCCUAAUCUUACUCGUGAUCUGGGUGCAGCCAUAUUGAGUCAUUGCGAAAUUCAUAAAAUUCCCGCCUAUCUUUUACUCAGUCUUCUGGACACCCAACACGGAAGAUUCAUGGCGACCUCAAGCACACUACAAGCUUUCCAAACAGCGUGGGAAAAACUUGUUGCAUCUCAUGGCGUGGAGCAAGGUAUCGAUUUCGUAGCUGAUAUUCAGUCGAUAUUCAAAACGAAUGAACGAAAGAAUAGAGAUAUCUUGAGUGAAUCUCAAUCACAGUUAUAUUUAUGA